UGAAAAUCCAUGGAUCUUCUAAAAACAUUUGGGACUCUUAUUAUAUCAGUAAAGAAAGAAAACUACUUUAUUGACUGACCACCAAAAAACUCCAACCUCCACUGCUGGGUUUAUUGUGAUAUGCCAAGAAGUGGUGGAGCAGAGUCAAUAGGAGAAGAUGAAUGAAACCAGACUUCGGAGAACGCUGCCUGACCAGUCAUCGGGGAGCGGGUACACCAUUGACACUUCGCACCACAGCGUCACCAACACUAUCCUGUCAAAGCGGGUCUGCUUCUACAAAAGUGGGGAUCCUCAGUUCAACGGCUUUAGAGUGGUCAUUAACAACCGCACCUUUAAAACAUUCGAUGCGCUCCUGGACAGUCUUUCCAAAAAGGUUCCCCUGCCGUUCGGGGUGCGGAACAUCACUACUCCUCGGGGGGUUCACGGCAUCAAUACUCUGGAUGAACUGGAGGAUGGAAAAUCCUACAUUUGUUCCGACAACAGGAAAGUCAAGCCCAUUGAUCUGGCCCUGGCCCGGAGGAAGCUACCACCUUGGUACCACGCGAGACCUGCUAGUUCUCGCCGCAGGACAGCCAAGUUUUUCCCAGGCUGGAAAAACAUCCACAGGGAGGACCCAGUGGUUUUUCGUACACCCAAAAAGCUUGUGGUUUUCCGCAAUGGAAACCCCUCUGUUAGGUAUACUGUGUUGCUACACAAGAAGACUACACCGAGUUAUGAGUCUAUCCUGGGACACAUUUCAGAGCUGAUGCAGUUCCACGUCAGCAAACUACACACUCCAAAUGGCCAACGGAUUGAUGGUUUUCCAGGUUUGAUUUUGUGCUCUGGAAGUGUGGUGGCUGUGGGUCGGGAGCCUUUCAGGCCUGUGGAGUACAGUGCAGAGAAACCUCCAAGUCCAACAAGGCGGCAUAGCAAGCAACGGGCUUUCAAAAGACAAAAGACUUCAGUCUCCAAAACAAUGACACCUUCGUUUUCUUCAAAGUCAAGAAACUUCUCUGCGUCGUCUGAGAGGUACAUUGUCCAUCAGAUUCAUAACAGCAUCGCUGAGAGCUCCUGUGACCUGCCCAGUAACAUCACUAACUCCAUCGAGUCAGAUUCAGAUCGAAUACUGGAGUCCUUAACAGAGACAGAAGUGGACACCUGUCUCAGCAAGGGUGGUGAUGAAGGUCAGGACGGUGCCCUGUCCAAUGAUGACAACAUCGAGAAGUCCUUUCGGGUGAAUCAGGACGGCAGCAUGACAGUGGAGAUGAAAGUGCGGCUGACGAUUAAAGAAGAGGAAACGGUUCAGUGGACAACCACCCUGACACGCUCAGUUGUAGCUGAUCAGCUUAAUGUGCCAUGUUUGCUAGACUCUGACCCAGACCAGGAGGUUUGCUUAAAAAAUUCACAAACUUCUGCCGCUUCCACUGAUAUCAUCCAUAAGGACAGAACCAGAGACGAGAAUGAUGAUGAUCCACCAUUGCUUGGAAACGGAGCUUUUAUUGACAGUUGUCAGGAAGUGGAUGAUUUCAAGGACCACACUGAGGGGGCGCCCCCAAGGAGAGCUCCUACCCCAGGAUGCAAGACAAGAAGCAAACUCCAGUCUUCUGUGGAUAGCUUUGAAGAUGUAAGUGUGGAUAAGUAUGAAGAAGGAAAGGUGGGUUCUUAUUUCUUCGGAGAAGAGACAGAGAACAGGACAACAGAGCAGUUCUACUUGGAUCAGAAAGGCACAAGACCAGUUCCCAAACCAAGACAGCUUGGCUCUGUGGAUGCCAACAGUAGGGACUUUUCUGCAUUCAAAUCCACUGAAAUCAUGCAGACUGAAUCCAGCAGAGAGGAAGUCACUGAAACAGUUUUGCACAUAUAUGAACAACAGACAUGUCAUGAUAAUUUUCUUGCAAAUGUUGGUGUUCAUAGUAUGCCUGCAUCUGGAGCUACUUCAGAAACGAGGCAGCUCUGCUCCAGUAAUGAAUUUGAUCUUUGGAGGCCCUCACUGGCCUUUGAGCCAGUUAGCAAGUGGAGAACUGAUAGCAGGUCCGUAACAUCAGAUUUGCACUUGGCCUCUCUAAAGGCUGGUGCAAAAAGAGAACAACUCCAGCAAGCUACAGAAAGUUAUGUCAAGCCAGGAGAGAAGGAGGUUAAGAAAGAUCAGUGUGUUUCCUCAAGGCCUAGAAAACAUGUCAGGCUGGUUAUGACGGCAGGUAAAAGACGAAAGAAGGGUUCUGUAAAAGCCACUGAGAAUCGUAAAAGAGUGAAACCUUUCUCAAGUGCUGUGUUCAUUAAGAGAAUUUACGGAAACAAAGCGAAGCCACCAAAUAAGAUAAAAAAGAUAAAAAAGAGAGCAAAAGCAACUUCGAACAGCUUACCAAAGCCAAAUGCUAAAAAUGCAAAUGUUCAGUUGCCUUUGAAAGAAAAGAUGAGCAAGCCAAUUUUAUCUAAGACAGAAGCUGAAACAAGUCAUCCACAGAGAGAACUGACAUGGCAGAGUAAAAACGAGUCCUCGCAUCUUAGUAAAGACAGGCCAUCGCAACCAUUUAACCCCUCCAGCUCUGUUGCUAAGGAGUACGUCGAGAAGUGGCUCAAGAACGCCCGAUCAAACCCAUCAUCAACCCAAGACAAAGAAAGUAAAAUAGCAGAAGGGUUGACUCCUACACAAACACAGACCAACGUAGGACACUUUUCAGAGGAAACACCAAAAACCAGCAAAACCUUUGAAAUCACUUCAUCAGAAAAUGUGAUCACCCCUUCAGUCAAGUUGAGAGUACAGUCUUUCGAACACAAAUCAACACCUGCAGUGGAGAAAACUAGAGCCAGGCCCAAAAAUGCAAAACACUAUGCAACCAAUGCAAAGGUAGAAAACUACCAUAGCUUAAGUCAGAAAGAUACACAAGCUAAGCAUUUCGUAAAUGGCUUCUGCUCCGAAAUACUUCCGCCUAGAUCUGAGACCAAUGAACGCAAUCAAGAUAGAAAUAUGACCACACCCACUAGAACAGUUUCUAUGGAGCUACCACCACCACCUCCUGAACUACUGAUUGCUGAAGAUUUUUCAGAAUCUGUAACCAGCAGCCCAAUGAGCAGUCAAAGAUCAGAUAAUUAUCCAGUAAGUAUGAGUCCCACAUCCGACAAGGCCAUAUCUCCAGAUAACAAAAUGGAAAAACCAACAUCUGCUCAGAACCAGAAUCCCCUUGGAGAAUUAUCCAGAGCCUCAUCUAUUAAAAGAGCGCCUUUGGUCAAUAAUUGCUCUUUGGAAAGCAAAAUGUCUCUCAGAAACACCACUCUGGAUAAAUAUGCUUCAGAUUAUGAGGCCACUGAAGAGGGGACACCAUUAUCUGCUCACAUCAGCACUGUUGGGGAUGAAAUCUGCUUAAGAAGGACAACUCAACAGGUUAAAGCCACAUCAGAAGAGACCCAGCAAUCAGUCUUAGAACUGGGUACUCCAUCAUUUUGUACUUCCGUGUCUCCACUUAGCUUAACCUCUGACGAAAGAAUGUCUCCUUCCAGUGUUGUAUCAAGUGAAACUUCAUUUUUAGGCAAUAUCCCAAUUCAAGAAACAAAAAUGGUUAAAACACCCCAAAUAGAGAAACAAUCGCCAAAGAAUUUGAUGAAAAGACCAAAGUUAAAAAGUAGUCCAUCUCCAGAGAGGAAGUUCCACAGCAAGAAGUCCUCUGAACUUCAAAAUACCUCUCCAGAACUAUCAGCAAUGACUGGACGCCUUCUGGAUGAACACGUUAUUUCAAAUAAAGGUCUACAAAGACCUGAAACGCCCAAUGCUACCCCAUCAACAGAGAGAAAACACCAUGAAACAAAAGAGCUUCAGAGAACAUCUCCAUACUCUCAGUCUCUAGAUGUGGUGUCACCACCCAGUAGGCACAAAUCCAAGAAACUUCCAAGAAACAUCUCUUUGGACAGUCCAUCAGAAUCAAAGAAUAGGAGACCAAAGAAAACAUCUUCCCAAAGAGAAAGCCACCUAACAGCACAGAUUGAAGCUGAUAACAGUGAGGAAGCUAAGGCCACAGAAGUUAUAUCUGUGAUGCCAGAGUCAAUAAACGCAGCAAACCAACCAAACAUGAAGCCAGUCCUGGAGAAGAUCUGCUACUCAAUAAAAUCAAUAAGGCAAAUUACUCAGAAUAAACGUCCAUCCUGUUUAGAAAAGUCCAACAGCUUGCCUGACUUUUCUUCUCAUGUGUCUUCGACGUUUGGCUCCUCAUCUAAAGUUCUUCUUGCUUUUCUGGCUGUUAUGACACUGAAGGAUGGCUUGACGAACCUGAACAUGAAAGAGCUGAAUGCAAACAACGUCAGCUGCUCGGAGGCGUUAAAAAUGAUUGAUUCUCUCCGAGAAAUCGCCAACAUCGAGGACUCCCAAAGACUGAGAAACAGUUUGUCAGAUUUACAACAGUCGGCUUCAAUCCAGCUCCUGCAAAGCUGGAGGGGCUUCCAGGAACUCGGCGACAGAUGUAAAAGUCACAGCGCAACACCUAAUGAUUCAGAAGCUGGACUUGGAACUGGGGCUGGACCUGAACUAGACUGUGGCAUUGGAGAAAAUGUUAUUGAUGAGAUUAUAGAUAAUCUGGAAAUUCCCCAGAAGCUAAAGGAAGAGUUGGUUUCCCUUUCAGAAGAUGCAGAAGGCGGGAACAACAUUGGAGGAAAUAUGCAAUAUAGCCGACUGAAACUGUUGGCAAACCAAAAUUAUCAUGAAAACACAAAAAAUGUCUACACUGAAGACUGUGUUGUUCAAGAUGACAAACCCAAUGUUGAUGCGAGGUCUAUUGUUAAAAAUAUAACAGACAUUAACCAGCCAAAACAGUCAGAAGUUGACAGAAUUCCUCUGCUUUCAGAUGAAGGAAAAUACAAACCAACUGGGAGAACAACUGAAGACAAUGGAUGCCAUGAUUGGUUACAUUCUGUUGCUGAUUCCAAAAAUAAUCCACAAGAAAAGCAGAUUUACAGUACAACAUCUCUAAACUUGCAGUCAUGGAGGGGUGUAGCACAUGACGAUAAUCUGGACAAGCAAAAACAGCACCAGCAAGCAAACUUGAGUGUGAAAUCAACACAAGAAAGGGCAAAAAAUAAUGGAGAUGUGUGCAGCGAGACAAAACCUGUAAAACAAGAGCUGUACAUGGACUAUAGCCAACUAACUCGAAAUGAGAAAAACAUCGGAACUGAAUUAACCGAGGAAGCUAAAUCAGAUCCAGAUGAGAAAACUCAUAUGACCUCAAGUGUCAACAAAGGUUGCUGUGAGCAAGAUACAGAAAAGAGGCAAGAAAUUAUACAUCAGGAGAUAAAACCAAUGAUCAGUACAAGUCCUAAUCUUAGUAGACUGUCUGUGGAGAAGCAGCCAAACUCAAACUACAAUGUAGAAAUGCUUGCAAAAGGGAAGAAAACAACAUUCAACUCAGGCAGUGAAAAUCUACAAGAGGACGACCCCUCAGAAAUUAAAUGUAAGCUGUUACAAAGCCAAAUGUGCAGCAUGGGGCUAAAUAAAAGUAGUGAUGACAGUACAGGAAGCUCAGACGUAGAGGAGCCAUCUUCAGAGGAAGAGCAGCCAGAGGUUGAUUAUAAAAAACUGCAGGUUAUUAUUGAAGAAAGUUUGUCUGGCAAUGAGGAAGAGGAGGCGGAACCUCUUCAUGACCUUUCUAAGUGUGCAGAACAAACAAAAAAGAGAGAGUUGGAGGCUUUGAGGGAGGAACCGGAGGAAGACGAGGUUAGCUUAGAAUAUGAGGACCAGUAUGCUGACGAGCGAAAACAGCAAAGCUCUCCAGAUAAAGGCUCGAUCGGUUUGUUAGAAAAUCCAGAUUUAUGUAUCAAAAAAGAGAACAGCAACUUGAUCAUUUCUGAACGUUUUAGAAAGGAUUUUAGAUUUAAUGUUGAUGAUGACAGUGGCAAUGACAACAGCAGUUUUGAGGAACAUGUGGACGAAGUGCAGCUAAAGGAUGAAGUUAAACAAAUAAGCAGUUUAAUUGAAGAAGAGUUAAGUUCCUACGAAAAGUACUCCAGUUCUGAAAAGGAACAAGUAUGUACAGAAAGAAAAAUGAAGGAAGGUUAUGCACACAACCGUGAAACUCCACCGAGAGUACAGCUGGAAGACUCAAACCUCGAGACGAUCGAACGGCAAUCAGACGUCAUAACCCAAUCUGUCGCGGAGCGAGUGACUCUUCUAGAACAACAGGUGGCUGAAGCCCAGAGACCAAAGCUUGCUCCAAAAAGUUCCCCAAUCAGACGUUUUUCUCAAAGAAAGUCCCCUCCUGAGUUGGUGGAUUCCCCGUCCGAGUUGCUUCUCUGCACCCGAUCGGCUCCUCAGUCAUCGUUAUCUUUCAGCUAUGACUCCAGCGGUGUUAUAACCACAGAGCCUGAGGGAAGUAGUGUCAGAUCCAUCAGGGAAAUGUUUUUGGCAAGAAGUGCCACAGACAUCCAGCAGAGAGGCUUGUUGAGCUCCAACUUAUCCGAGCUGAGAGCAGAGACCUCAGGCAGCGGCGGCUAUCAGUCUCAGACUUCCAGUGACCUAUCCAGUAGUGAAGAUGUUUUGGCACAGAAAUCCAUCUCUAAAGGCUUAGUGAAGAGGGCAAUUGAAAUGCUUUACGGCAAGAAAGACCUGAAACCGGAGGAACCGAGUGAGAGAUCCCCUUCAGAGCCCGAUCAGAGAAAGACAAGCAUCUUCUCUCCAUUUCAUGCAGCUGGAUCCAAAGCAAUGUCCGAAUUAUCCUACUUUAAUUCCUCCAAUGCACUGGACAUCUUCAGCGAAGCAACAAGAUGCAUUGCAUUCAAUGCACAAGUGGGACCUGGAGACAGUGUUCCUAUUGAUAAUGGACGUUGGCUCUUUAGAGAGAAAACAUCAAUGAGAAAGUCAGUGUCAGACCCAAUUGGAAUAAAUAAAACCUUUACAAAUACAUUUCACAAUGAUGGAUUAUGUAAGGACACAGAAGAGAAGACCCCGUAUUCGCUGUUUAGUACAAAACCAGAAGUAGAAGACGGGACUAAAUCCCAACCUGGAAAGUGCACGUACUUCUCUCUGCCUUAUGCCAGUGAAUCAGAGGUCUGUCAGGAUGAAAUGGGCGCAGUAAGCAUGAGCAACAAGAAUGAAGACGAUGUUUUGGACAGUGCUGAGGAGACAAAGGACUCUUCAGAGGACAGCAAAACAUGGGCAGAGAGAAACAGCAUCCUCCCAGGAAUUGGUGCUGCAGACUUUAAGAUGAAGGGUAACAAAGUGCACCCGCUGGUGGAGCUGCCACCUGACGGUGAAGUUGUGGUGGUGCAGCCUGGGAAAGGUCAGGGUGUUGUUAGCAGAAGGAUUCAAGAGCCUGAUGUUUUGGACUUACUGUAUAAUUUUUGUGGGGAGCAUUGUCCCAUACUGUGAGAGUAACAAACCCUCUAAAGGUUCAGCUAAAACUAAAGUGUGCACAGGGUUACAGAUAAAUGUACUGUCUUUGGUGCCUAUAUUUUCAUGUUGUCAUGGCCUUUAAUGUCAACUCAUUUCAGCUUCCAUAUAAACAUCACAUCAUUGUUGUGGACCCUUUAAAUUCUCAAGUACUGUACAAAAGUCUUGGGUCAGUGCUGGAUUUUCUUCCAGGAAGCCCUAAUUUCUUCAGAUAUUUUAAACUGGUCUUGAUCAAUAGUUUUUCAGGCUUUUCAUUAGAUUUUGACUGCUUUUUCACUCAUUUUCAUACUGUUAGCAACAGGGCUAAGAGUAAAGGAGACAACCAGGCAAAAUUCAUAUAAAUCUAAAGAUUAUAUAGAUUUAUUACACACAGAAAUAUAUAUUUCAAGACUUUCUGUUACUUUGGUGAUUAUGGGUUACAGUUAUUGAAAACCCCACAUUUAGUUGCUCAGCUGACAGUUAUUGACAACUCUUAAACUGAAAGGAAGAGGCAUUGGUGCAUCUAUACAUACAUAUACAACAGCUUAACAGAGCACCAGUUUCUUUAGGCAAUUUGUUAGUAGUCUGUUGCAAAGACAUGAUUUGUCCUUAUUUAUUUACCUCAAUAUGUGAAAAAUGCACAGGAAUAUACUGUAUGUUUUUCCUUUUUUGCAGGCAGAAAACAUGAUUUUAGAAUUAGCAAGAAGAUUCCCAGAAUUUUUAGCUGAGAACUGAAGGAUGAUGCUUCUUGCAUGUCCAGUGUCAGGUCUUUGCUAGAUCUUUUCUUCCUGAUUCUGUAUCUAUCAGUAUCAGAUACAUUUUAUUUAAUGCAGAUAAUUUUCUGGCCUCACAUGUCUAUUGUCCUUCAUUUUCAUUUUGUAAUCACCGAAUGCAGAACCUGUGCAGGAACUGGACUGAUCUUCAGAAAACUUGCAGACAUAUUGAUAAAGGCCAUGUUUAAAAAUUAACAAUUGAAGGGAAGAUCUAGUUUGUUUUGAAGCCUUUGCUCAGUACUUUAUGUUUUAGGAGUUUGUCAGUUGCUGCUUGGUUAAUUGUAAAAAUAUUAAGCAUUUCCUGUAUUUUUCAUGAAUGCACCAGAGCAGCUAUUUCCCACUUCUAGUUUUCUUGUUAAUAAAAGAACCAGCCAGAGUGUUACAACAAUAUAACUUGAAAACAGAUCAAGUCUUGGCAGAUGUCAGGAAAAAAGGCCAAUCUUAGCAGCGCUGAGGGAGCUAGUCAGGACUGUCGCUGCAGCUCAGGUUUAACCUGGAGCACACGGGGCCGUUCCCUGUCUUACAGCGAGCCCGGACUGUAGAAAUUACCUGUAAAUAUCGUGGUUGUUGUGUUAAUAAUGUACGUUUUUGAUAGCUGGACCAAAAAUGUUAAGUUUAGGAUGAACUGAUUCAUGGUUUACAAUCAGGCAGCUGUAAUGUUUUUUGUCUUUUUGAGCUGAUGUGUAAGAAUAAAAGUGUUUACAAGUA